AUGGCCGUUAUCAGCAAGCUCCUGCCGGUGGCAGCCGCCUUGUUGGGCUCCGUGGAUCACACGGCCGCAGUAGCCGUGCGUUCGACUGCGGACCGAUGGGACGUAUCCUAUCGUGUCCAAGUUGGCCCUCGUUUGGCUCCAAUCUCGCGAUUGGCUGGCAAUGUGACGGCUACUGCUGUACACAAGCGAGAGGAGGAGCAUGAGCCUGAUUGUGAUUGCGAACUUCACGUUGUAUACGUGACGGAAGAUAGUACCCACGGGCACUACCAAGGCGGUGAAGCAUCUUCGGGUUCGUCUGGUGAAUGGAACAAUGGCGAAGCAUCUUUGGAUCCGUCUAGUGAAUGGAGCAGCGGUGAAGCAUCGUCAGAUGAGUCUGGCAAAUGGAGCAGCGGUGAAGCAUCUUCAGAUCCGUCUGGCAAAUGGGACAACGGCGAGAACCAGGAGGAUGGCCAACACUGGGAGAACAGCGAGAAUCAGGAGAAUGGUCAAUACUGGGAGAAUGGCAAGAGCCAGAACAGCGAACACCGGGAGAGUGGCAAAUACGGGGAGAACGGAAAGUACCAGAACGGCGAACACCAACAGAGUGGCGAACACCGAGGGAGUGUUGAAUAUCCGGUUCCUGAUGAGAGCCGGGAGGAUGGUGAGAGCCGAAAGUAUGGCGAACACCGGGACAAUGGUGAAUACCAACAAGACGGUGAAUACCGAGACAAUGGUGAUUACCAGCAAGAUGGUAAAUACCGAGACAAUGGUGAUUACCAACAAGACGGUGAAUACCGAGACGAUCGUGAUUACCAACAGGAUGGUGAAUACCGAGACGAUCGUGAUUACCAACAGGAUGGUGAAUACCGAGACGAUCGUGAUUACCAACAGGAUGGUCAACUCCGUCAGAGUAAUGGAUACCAAGAGGACGGGGAAUACCAACAGUAUGGCCAACCCCGUCAGGGUAACGGAUACCAAGACGAUGGUGAAUACCGACAAGAUGGUGAUUACCAAGAGGAUGGUGAUUACCUAGAGGAUGGUGAAUACCGACAAGAUGGUGAUUACCAAGAGGAGGACGAAAACCGUGAGAGUGGUCAACUCUGGGCGAAUGGUCAAAACCGUCAGACUGAUCAACGUCAGAGUGGUCAAAACCGUCAGACUGAUCAACUCCGUGGGAGUGGUCAACGCGGAACGAUUGGUGGACUCCGCCAGAGUGGUCAACUUGGGGCAAAUGGUGAACUCAGUCAGAGUGGUCAACUCGGGGCGAAUGGUGAACUCCUUGAGAAUGAAGAGGUCUUGGAGAAUCCAGAGGACGCGGAUCUACUCGCAAAGUGGCCAUGGGGACCGGCGCCGGGAGGCCAAAAUAAUCAAGGCGGGCAGGGUAUCCAAGGUCCUCAAGGCCCUGUAGGUCCCGAAGGCCCUGAAGGCCCUCGAGGUCGCCCAGGCCCACAGGGUGACCCGGGUUUUGACGGUGCGAGAGGUCCAAUUGGUCCUCAGGGUGACCGAGGCCCUCAGGGCAGCCAAGGUGUUCAAGGUAAUACUGGCUCCCAGGGUCCCAAGGGAGACCAAGGAGAUCAGGGUGCCCAAGGUGUUCAGGGCAAUCAGGGUGACCAAGGUCCUCAAGGUAACACUGGCGCUCAGGGUCCUCAGGGUCUCCAGGGUCCUCAGGGCCUCCAGGGCAAUACAGGCGCUCAGGGUCUUCAAGGCGAUCCAGGUGCUACAGGUGCUACAGGUGCUACAGGUGCUGCAGGUCCUCAAGGUCUUCAAGGCGAUCCCGGCCCUCAGGGAGAUCAAGGCGAUCCCGGCCCUCAGGGUCUUCAGGGUGAUCCAGGUCCUCAGGGAGACCAAGGUGAUCCAGGUCCCCAAGGUCUUCAGGGUGAUCCCGGUCCUCAAGGUCUUCAAGGCGAUCCAGGUCCUCAGGGAGACCAAGGUGACCCCGGUCCUCAGGGUAUUCAGGGAAAUCCAGGUCCUCAGGGUGAUCCAGGUCUUCAGGGUCUUCAGGGUCUUCAAGGUGAUCCAGGUCCUCAGGGAGACCAAGGUGAUCCAGGUCCCCAAGGUCUUCAGGGUGAUCCAGGUCCUCAGGGAGACCAAGGUGACCCCGGUCCUCAGGGUAUUCAGGGAAAUCCAGGUCCUCAGGGAGACCAAGGUGACCCCGGUCCUCAGGGUAUUCAGGGAAAUCCAGGUCCUCAGGGUGAUCCAGGUCUUCAGGGUCUUCAGGGUCUUCAAGGUGAUCCAGGUACCCCGGGUGCUCAAGGUCCUCAGGGAGAUCCAGGUGCCACAGGUGCCCAAGGUCCUCAAGGCGAUCCAGGUGCUAUAGGUCCUCAAGGUCUUCAGGGGGAUCCAGGUACUCCAGGUACUCCAGGUGCUGCAGGUGCCCAAGGUCCUCAAGGUGACCCAGGUGCCACAGGAGCCACAGGAGCCCAAGGUCCUCAGGGUGUGCCAGGUGCCAUAGGAGCCACAGGAGCUCAAGGUCCUCAGGGAGAUCCAGGUACUCCAGGUGCUGCAGGUGCUCAAGGUCCUCAAGGUGACCCGGGUGCCACAGGAGCCCAAGGUGCUCCGGGUAUUCAAGGCCCUCAGGGUGUUCCAGGUACUCCGGGAGCUCCGGGAGCAGCAGGUGCCCAAGGUGCUCAAGGUGAGCCGGGUGCUCCCGGUGCUCCCGGUGCUGCGGGUGCCCAAGGUGCUCAAGGUGUUCCAGGUCAACCCGGUGCUGCGGGUGCUCCGGGUGCUCAGGGUAUUCAGGGUAUUCAGGGUAUCCAAGGGCCUCAAGGUAUCCCAGGACCAGCUUUUGCGGAGUAUGACUACAUCGGCUGCUACCAGGCGAGCUUGCUUGCCAACCAAACCUUUGGCCUUGAUAUUGACCCCGGAAACUUCUUUGCCUCCAAGAUCGAAACAGUAUCUGUCGACGACUGCGCCAACUUCUGCGCUACCGCCAAAGGUCCUGCUGGCCCUCCAACCCUGUUCUUUACACUGUCAACAGAUGGCGAUGACAACUCCAUUUGCGCAUGUGGUGAUGUACUCGCCGCCGGAGAUCUAACCAACGGAUGCAGUUCGCAAUGCACAUUCACACAAAAUGGCCUCAUAGUCUACUGUGGUGGUCCCUUCAACGCGCUGCCGAUUGUAUCUGUCUUUGGCGCCAUCUAA